AUGUGGUACGCUGCUAACACCUCUGGACUAAUCCCCGACAACACCAGGAGGUUACUCGUUGCCAUUGUGUAUGACGGUGACUCCAGUGGCCGUGUAGCCGUCGAACAAGGUCUUCUUGGAUAUCGUGAACGGCAGGACUCGCACAUUCUCCUUGCCCCGGAGGAAGACCCAGCUCAAUGUCCGGAUGCCCCUGUGUGGAGUUCACCGCCUUAA